AGCUGCUCCGAGCUGCCAAUCACCAGCAACGUCGAGAUCUCUCCUGCCUCUACAGUUUGCUGCUGCUUCUCCGCUGCUCGCGCACCGAGCACGUUCUCUUGCCAGCUUCUGCAAAGAGUAACUGCGCGCGGGGCGCACGCCUGUUUGCAGCCCGUUUGCAGGCUUUCCGCGCGCUGCAAGCCUGUGCAUGUGCCAUUUCAACAUUUUAUCUCUUUCCUAAGCGGAGAUCGGGCUUCUGGUUUUCCUUGGCGCCCUAGGAGAAGUGAACAACAAGAGAAGGCAAACUUCCAACCUUCUUCUUUUGGAGAGAGCGAUAUUCUUAUCCAGAGCUGAAGUGACAAAUGGGCAUUUAAAGGAGCCACUGGAUUAGUUGGCGCUGGCGAGGAAAACACCUCUCAAGAUUGCCUGGCCGGACUUGGAUGGUGGAAGACCCGGAAUCCCUGCAGCAGCUGAAUUACUCCGGAGCUACCCGAUGGACUUGGAUGUGAGAAUGGAAAAGAAAAACAUGGAUCAUUACCUACGCCGUCUGAAGCAGGAGUUGCUUUCCAUGAAGGAGGUUGGGGACGGGCUACAUGAACAGAUGAACUGCAUGAUGGGUGCUCUGCAGGAGCUGAAACUCCUCCAGGUCCAGACAGCUUUGGAACAGCUGGAGAUCUCAAGCAAUCCAAGCCAGGUUCCAGGAAUUGGCCAGCACCAAUAUUGUCAAAACAAUUUGGAGGCACCCAGGGCAAGGUGUGAAGCCAGCAGACAGGGCGAGAAGCUGCUGGGAAGGAGCUACUUGCAGGACUGCAGUUCCUCAGCCUUUUCAUGCUCUACUCAGGGGUCACAAUCCGCCAGCCAGCUUCACCACAUUACUUUGCCAGACAGUAGCCAUGGAUACAUGGCUUCUUCCCUUAACAGCAUAAGUAGUGAGGACUACUAUCAUGCGAGCGGACAUUCAUCAACAGUGAGCACGGCAGAGUACCAUUCUCCGAGGACGUUUGAGUCGUCCAAUGAGCACAUGACGAGAAGCUGGUUUUCCCAAGACACAAACAGCUGGUCCGAGAGUAGAUCGGGGUGCAGGGAAUGUCAAUUCUCUGAUGAGACCAACGACUGGACUUCCUCGCUAAUGUCUCAGAGCAGGAAUCGACAGCCUCUCGUCUUGGGCGACAACAUCUUUGCUGAUUUGGUUGGAAACUGGUUGGAUUUGCCUGAGAUAGACAAAAAGGUGGAGAAGAACGAGACGACCCUGUCGAGCAGCAAGUCCCAGGAGUUUUGCAGAAAGUUCUCCCUCACGGCCAAUAUCUUUAAGAAGUUCUUAAGGAGCGUCAGGCCAGAUAGAGACAGGUUGCUCAAGGAGAAGCCUUGCUGGCUGCCAACAGAAGAUAAAGAGGCCGAAAUCUUAAAGAGGCCCAAAAAGGCAAGCAAACAGAAGGGAACCUUUUACUUCCCGGUCCAUGGGAACAUAGCAAACUCACACGACAAAGCAGAAAGGUGCCAAAAGAAGGAAGCAGGCAAGGCCAAGGCCAAACACUGCACCAAGAAGAUCCACAACACAAUAGAACACACCCAGUCAGGGUUUGAUUUUAACACAGCUGUAUGGGUCUGAACUCCCCGAACUUGUCAUCUCCUUUGCCUCCACCGUUCUGCCCCAAUCAGGAGAUAAAACAGCGAGAAAGGUGAAAGAAAAAGAGAUUUGGCAUGCAUGGACUGGGGUGAGGAAAGGGAGGAGUUGAUCUCCAUACAUUGACACAAAUCACUUCCCAACUAACAUCUGUUUGAUAAAGGGAGUCAGUUUGUAUGCAGAAACUCCCCAAGCUAAUGCUUAAGAGAAUCUUUCACAGUUUGGGGAAGGAGGGGGCACAGCAGGGUCUUAAUUAGCUGUUCCUCUACACUCCCACUUUCAUAGGCUUCAAGGUUGCCAAACAUUUUCAGUUCAUCUCUGAUUCAGGUAGCAAGAGAAUGUUACGUCUCAGUAUGUGUGUGUGUGUGCGAGCUGGUGUUUGUGUGUCUUUACAAUUUAACUCUGCUUUUUCCCUGUAUGCACUAAAUCCUGGAUCAUACUCCGGGCAAAUGAAUAAGCACUUGAUAAUUAAAUUAAGAAUGAGGGUUGGAUUUGUAAGAAGAAGAGAGGCUGUGGGACAUGAUUUGAGUGAAGUUUGUACAACCACAUUGCGUUUUGUCUGUUCUUUUUCUAAAACGUUUUUUCUGGCUCACCCCUCAUGAUCUGUACUGUACUAGAAUGUGUCUAAGGAGUGCUAUGUAGUGAGUAGACAACCCAUCGCUGCAACUUUAGGGUUACCAAACAUGCUUCACCUCUUCAUUUUGCCCUCAAAGCCUUAAACUCUGAUGCCACACUGAGGUCCCAAGUUGCAAUAGACCUUUCCUUGACUUUAUUGUUUCAUUUUGCAUUUCCUAUUCUGUACGAGUUUAGUCUUGUGAGAAAUUAGUUCUCCGGCGGUCAGCUCUUCAAGAGUUUGUUAUUAAUAAAGCGAUGUUCCUCUCUCCACGUAUGGCUUGGUGGGGCUGUUUGUGCAUUGUGAGAAACUUGUGGAACAAGUUCGGUUCUGUAGGCAGAGAAGAAAUUGCAUGACCCUUGAUGGCAGGA